GUGAGUGAAGUUAGCCGGGUUGACUUUGGUACUGACUGCUGUACUCCAACACCACUUUCUGUCAUAUCACUCAGUGUCUGGUAUUCACUUCAGACCUUUAAAUAUCACCUCUGGACUCGGCUGAUUCGAAAGCACAGCUAUGUGCAGCUGUGUGCGGAGCUCCAGGGCUCUGUCCCCUGUACUGCUGCCCAGGCUGCUGCUUCCCCAGACGGGGUAUAGACUGGCCGGCAGGAGCCUCUGGACCUCCCCCCACUGUAUGGCUGUCAGUGGAGACUCCCAGCUGCUCCCACUGCCCAGUCAGGCCCGUGUGGUGAUCUGUGGAGGAGGCAUUGUGGGGACAUCGGUAGCCUACCAUCUGGCCAAACUGGGCUGGACUGAUAUAGUACUGCUAGAGCAGGGCAGACUUGGUGCAGGAACAACUAGACUGUGUGCUGGAAUUGUCAGUGUGGCCAAGCCUAUUUCCAUUGAGUGUCAAAUGGCAAACUACUCCAAUAGUCUUUACCAGCAGCUGGAGGAGGAGACUGGCGUCAAAACAGGUUAUGUGAAGACGGGGUCUCUGUGUCUGGCCCAAAAUCAGGAUCGCUUCAUCUCUCUGAAGCGCCUGGCAUCUCGCCUAAAGGUAAUGGGGAUCAGCUGUAGCAUCAUUAAGCCUAAAGAGGUGGCCAAACUUCACCCUCUUGUUAACAUUCAUGACCUGGUGGGGGCACUUCAUCUGCCUGCAGAUGCUGUGGUGUCUCCACCUGAUCUUAACCACGCCCUGGCUGUGGCUGCAGCUGGACAUGGGGUUCAAAUCCUGGAGCGAACCAGUGUCCAGCAGGUUCUGGUAGAGAAGGGUCAAGUGAUGGCGGUAGAGACUGACCGUGGCUCCAUCGAGUGUGAAUAUUUUGUCAACUGUGCUGGACAGUGGGCUUAUGAGCUGGGCCAGGCUAGUGAGAUGAAGGUGUCUGUUCCUCUUCAUGGCUGUGAACACUUCUACCUUCUCACCAAACCUCUCCAGGAGCCACUUCCACCCAGCACACCAGUGGUGAUCGAUAUGGAUGGCAGGAUAUAUGCACGGCCAUGGCAGGGAGGCCUUCUUUCAGGGGGCUUUGAGAAGAACCCCAAACCCAUCUUCACAGAGGGCCGCAACCAGCUGGAGAUCCAGAACAUGCAGGAGGACUGGGACCACUUUGAACCAAUGCUGAGUGCCUUGUUGAGGAGAAUGCCAGGUCUUGAGUCAGCUGAGAUCCAUCAGUUGGUCAACUGUCCGGAGUCCUUCACCCCUGAUAUGCGCUGCCUGAUGGGGGAGACGCCGGGUGUCUCUGGCUACUACGUGCUGGCAGGGAUGAACUCCUCUGGCUUGGCCUUUGCUGGAGGAGCUGGCAAGUACUUGGCAGAGUGGAUGACUUAUGGCUACCCUACUGCCAAUGUCUGGGCACUGGACAUCAAACGCUUUGGAAACCUGCAGAGCAGCCGAACCUUCCUGCGACACAGAGUAAUGGAAGUCAUGCCUCUGCUGUACGAACUAAAGGUUCCUCGCUGGGACUUCCAGACCGGGCGUCAGCUGCGGACCAGCCCUCUGUAUGACCGUCUGGACACCCAGGGAGCUCGCUGGAUGGAGAAACAUGGUUUUGAAAGGCCCAAAUACUUUGUUCCUCCAGGGAAAGAUCUUCUGUCUCUGGACCAGAGUAAGACGUUCUACAAACCGGACUGGUUUGACAUUGUUGGAGCAGAGGUCAAAUGCUGCAAAGAGGCCGUCUGUGUCAUUGAUAUGUCGUCCUUCACCAAGUUUGAACUGACUUCAACGAAGGACCAGGCCCUGGACCUGCUGCAACAUCUGUGUGCCAACGACCUCGAUGUUCCUGUUGGACAUAUUGUCCACACCGGCAUGCUGAAUGAGAGGGGAGGCUAUGAGAAUGACUGCAGCGUGGUCCGCCUCAGCAAGAACAGCUUCUUCAUCGUGUCUCCAUCAGACCAGCAGGUCCACUGUUGGUCCUGGAUAAAGAAACACAUGCCCAAUGACCCACACCUUCACCUAGAGGAUGUCAGCUGGAAGUACACUGCUUUAAAUCUGAUUGGACCUCGUGCAAUGGACGUUCUGGCUGAGCUGUCGUAUGUUUCCAUGACACCUGACCACUUCCCCUCCAUGUUCUGUAAGGAGAUGAGUGUUGGCUAUGCCAACGGGAUCAGAGUGAUGAGUAUGACUCACACUGGCGAACCAGGUUUCAUGCUCUACAUACCUAUAGAGUAUGCUCUGCACGUGUACAACGAGGUAAUAUCAGUGGGUCAGAAGUACGGGAUUCGUAAUGCAGGGUACUACGCACUGCGCAGCCUACGCAUAGAGAAAUUCUUUGCCUUCUGGGGUCAGGACCUGGACACCUUCACCACCCCGCUGGAGUGUGGACGAGAGUUCAGGGUUAAGUUUGACAAGGACACAGAUUUCCUUGGUCGUGAGGCCUUGCUGCAGCAGCGUCAGGACGGUGUGUCUCGGCGGUUUGUCAUGCUUGUUCUGGAGGACCAUGACACUGAGCUGGACCUGUGGCCGUGGUGGGGCGAGCCCAUCUACUGUAACGGUCAGCUAGCCGGAACAACCACCAGCAGCGCUUACAGCUACACUCUGGAGCGCCACGUCUGCCUUGGCUUUGUAUCUCCACCGCCUGGCCCAGAAGGGCUCCCCACACCCAUCACCCCGGACUUCAUCAACCGUGGGGACUACGAGGUGGACAUUGCUGGCCAGCGCUACCCAGCCAAAGCCAAACUCUACCCCUUCAGCUCCCUCUUCACCCAACAGAAACGCCGCAAGGAGGACAUUGAGCUCAGCAACCUCCAUGGGAAGUGAUGUGGAGUAAUGAAAGGCCUCUUACUUGUCUCAGUAGGGGCUUCUGUGUGUCCUCCAGUUCACCAAAUUCACUCCUGCACUUACCCCGCAGUGCCAACCUAUCGUCCCUUUUCUAGCUCCUAACCCGAGGGCUGUAUGCACAAUCACUCCUUAUCCCUCUAAUAUUUAACUUCCACGUUGCGUCUCCCUCUUUCAAAGUGCAAUAUUUAAGACUCACCAAAUGCUUGAGCUGUAUCCAAUACGGAGCUCCUGUGUCAUCAGAUUCUGCAGUUUUCAGCCCUCACACUCAAACACAGUGCACUCCACACAGUCUCUGGUUUACUGGGGCAGUCUGCGGUUAAGUGCCUUUGCCAAGGCAACAUCAACAAUAUGUGUUGAGGUUGAGGACUCUUUCACUUUGUUCACUUUAACCCAUCCAGAAGGGAUUUUGACAGCCAAAUCUUCUCCACUAGUGUUCCAGUCGCUGUAAUGUUUUGACACUGCACUGUCUGGAAGAGUCUGAAAGAAAUGUCAUCCAAUGCUGAUGCGCAAAUGCCUACACAGUCAAUGUAGUUGUUGACUUCACCGUCAAACAAAAUGUAAAUUUGCUGCUGUAAAGAAUAUGAGUGAUGUGAUGUGGUCUAAUUUGAAUACUUUACACUGUCCACUACAUUAUCCUUAACAAUGAAGGCUGAUCCCUUCAUUAAAUAUUCUUCUUGGACAGGGGAAAAAAGGCCUGGAAAAGCCAUGGCAAAAAAUCAGGAAGCCUGAUGAGUAAACUGUUGUUUUGUGUGCCGCCCAUUACUCUUCUUCCAGUCGUGUUGAAAAGGCUCCCCAGGCAAAAUGACCUUUUUUCUCUUGGUAAUGUCUUUAUCAUCAACUCUCAACUGUUCUGGUGUUUUUCUGCUGUGUGUCGAGCUUGUGGUAAUGUACUGACGGUAAUAUAAUCCGACCUGUUAUUUAUGUUUCGUUUUAAAGCAGCGUCGCUCUUUUGAUGAUUGAGUUUUGUUUUGCUGAUGUGUCGCUGAAUGUGUGGCUGUUGUUAGGUGCACUGCAGAUGAGGGAAGGCAAAAUGGGAAAGCUGCGACUGGAGCUGUACUCCCAGAGUUCACAAUAUCUUACGUCGGUGAUGAGAUUUGCCUGAUCCAGAGUUACGAUGUUUGUGUAAAAGAAGGACUUCAUUGUGAUUUGAAAUAAAGCGAUGUAUUUUUGUAUAGUUAGUGUGUAUAAAAUCUCUAUUUUCAGUACUGGACAUUUUUUCUAGUCAAUCAGUUUUAGGUUCAAUCAGCUGUAUGAAUCAUCUAUAAAUUACUUCAUUCUUGCGGUUGUCCUUCUGAUUGUGCAUUAUUUCAGAUGCUUUUCCUGUCUUAUUGUGUAAAUGUAAAUGUAAAUAUAAUUUGUCAGCAGCAGCUUCAUGUUUACCUACAUGUACAUUUAUGUAUGUCUUUAAAGGGACCUCUUCAGAGGUUGAAAGUCAGGGAGAACUACGGAGCAGCAGGCCUGCAGCUGGUAGGGAUGUUGUCGAUGUACAGAUAAAGUGGCAGUUGAAAGUUGAAUUCAUCAAGUCAACACUGUAUUUGUUGUUCUGCACCAAACUGCUUGUUGACCAGCUGGGAACCUUAAAGCUCGCUCAACUGACUAAAUGAUCAAUUGAAACCCACGGCAGUCACUUACCUUCCUUCCAUAAUCUUUAGGUGCACAGACAUCUAAAUAAGGCAUAAAGAAUAUAGAUAUGAUGUUGUCCCCUUGCUAUACUGUAAUACUUUGCUGCUGAGUGAAGAUACAUAAUCUAGUAGGGUUUCCUGAUAUUGUCACGUUCAAAUUAGUUUGUUUAAUAUUGAUUGCAGUCAGAGUUGUACUACAUGGAUGCAGAUUGUUCUACAGUUUCCAGCAUUUAGAAAUGUUAAGUGACGCUUGAGUAGAAAAGGCAAAAGGAUAGACAGCAGGGAACUCACUGCAGUAACUCCCGGUGUUUGACAGGCCUUUUUAUGAGACAGAUUUACUCCAGGCAUACACGUUUUUGAAUUAUGAUUUAUUUACAGUGUAUCUCCAACUCCUUGUCUAAACCUGUUAUUCCUAUGGUUGGAAAAUCCUCAUGAUGUCAAGAGCAGGGGAUUGUCAGCACCAGUUGAAUCUGUUUGAGGGCUGCUGAAGCAAAUUAAAGUAUUUACAAUUGCAAACAAAAGUUUGAUUAUUAAGGGCUAAUAUCGCUUUGUGUUAUGUUGUUAAUAUAAAAAUAAGCAUUUGCAUGUGAGAGCACUGAAUCAUCACUUUGUAUCUCCUGGUACUGUAGUAGCAGUGGCACUCUGCUUUGGCUUUAUGUGAUAAACUUAAAGGGUCUCAUUUAUACAAGAAGCUAACACAUUUUAGUUGUAUCAUUACUAAAGAGUCUUCUCAUACCAGUAUUGUAUAAUUGAGGCCCCGUUAAUAAUUAAUGGUGUAGCUGUGAGGACAUCUGUGGAUUCUGUGUGAAGGUGACUGAAACAAAUUCCUGUGUUGUGUUGACACUGAUCACUUGACCACUUUGGGUCAUUUCAGCUUGGUUUUUCCCACCGUCAGACUAAAAUGUUGAGCGAAUGAGUGAAGGGGGACUGGCCUUGUGAGUAUUUGCACUAAAUAAGGGCAUCCUGCUGUUUUGUUUCUUACUGUAUGUGGUCACAUGGUUUCAAUGGCAUUCGAGGGAUUUGGAAUUUGGGAGUUUUCUUGUAUUUCAAAGGUUAAAGACAAUCUGAGGUGGUCUCUGGAAACACUAUAGCUGAAUAUCAAGCAUAUCAUCUAAAAGGUUGAAGGCAAAAAAAAAAACAGUCAAUGGCUAAAGCUAAACAUCUGUGUUGAAAAGUCUAUUGUAAUGAUUACUUGUGGGUGAGGUGGUAGUGUUAUUUACUCCAAACAGUGACACUCCACACCACUGGACAAUGGUUCGGUGCAUGUUUGUCUCAUUUAAUGUUUCCAUUUUAACACUUGACUGUAAAUGCCAGCUUUUUCUUCAGAGCUUUACAGUGUAUUAUAUCAUGUUAAACAGAUGUUUGGCUGUCUAAUGUACUUAAAAGGUAAAAUAUAAAGAGAACUUUGUUCAUACAAGAAGGUUGAA